AAAAAAGAGAGCAAAGGACAUGCACAUGCAAUUACACGAAUACAUACACCCCACCAUCAUCCUCUCUCUUUAUAUUAUUAUUGCCCCUUCCUCUCCUUUCUUCUUCCCCUCUUACCUUUUCAGAGAGAGAAAAAAUAUUUCCAAUCUAUUACAAGUAACAUGAUCGGACAACUUAUGAACCUCAAGGCGACGGAGCUCUGUCUUGGUCUCCCCGGCGGCGCUGAAGCCGUUGAGAGUCCGGCCAAAUCGGCGGUGGGAAGCAAGAGAGGCUUCUCCGAGACCGUUGAUCUUAUGCUCAAUCUUCAAUCUAACAAAGAAGGCUCCGUCGAUCUCAACAACGUCGCUGCAGCUCCUAAGGAGAAGACUACCCUCAAAGAUCCUUCUAAGCCUCCUACUAAAGCACAAGUGGUGGGAUGGCCACCUGUGAGGAACUACAGGAAGAACAUGAUGACUCAGCAAAAGACCAGUGGCGUGGAGGAGGCCAGCAGCGAGAAGGCCGGGAGCGGCGGUGGAGGAGCGGCCGGAGCCGGCUUGGUGAAGGUCUCCAUGGACGGUGCUCCCUAUCUGAGGAAAGUUGACCUCAAGAUGUACAAAAGCUACCAGGAUCUCUCUGAUGCCUUGGCCAAAAUGUUCAGCUCCUUCACUAUGGGAAACUAUGGAGCACAAGGAAUGAUAGAUUUCAUGAACGAGAGCAAGCUCAUGAAUCUCCUGAAUAGUUCUGAGUAUGUCCCAAGCUACGAGGACAAAGAUGGUGAUUGGAUGCUCGUCGGCGAUGUCCCAUGGGAAAUGUUUGUCGAGUCCUGCAAACGUUUGCGCAUUAUGAAGGGAUCUGAAGCAAUUGGACUUGCUCCGAGAGCAAUGGAGAAGUACUGCAAGAACAGAUAUUGAAGUAAUAAAAAACAACUAUCAAUGAUCAACAAUAUGACGGGUUCAUGAUUUUAUAUGUAUUUUUUAUGAUUUUAUGUGGCUAUCACCUAUAUAUGUGUGUUGUAAUUUUAAAUACUUGAUGGGUAUAUAGGGCAAUAGUAUUAUUUUACUAAGAUGUGGACAAAAUUUGUAAUGUGACCAAAAGAGAGGAAACUUCAAAAUCUCUGUGUUUGUGUCAUAUUUAUUGCCCAACAUGUGUCUGUCGGUUUGAUGAGCAAUCACAACUUGAUAUGUGCAUACAUAUAAAUGUGUAUGUAGGUGUGUGUACAUGUACAUGUGUUUUGAUCCCUA